AUGGAGUUCUCAGGGUGCCCUGCUGCUGCCGGCGUUGCCGUGGGCGACGAGGCCCAGGAGGCGGAGAAGGAGGGCCACGCCCACGUUCUAUUUGAUGAGUUUGUCCAGGCGUCCACCUGCAGAGCGACACUCCGUGCCUUCAACCUGCUGUGUGAGCACCUUCAGCUCACACACACACACACACAGCCACAGACAUACUCCCCGACGCAGCCGCAGCGGCCUUUCUACCACACCCUCAAAGAACGCCUCAGCUACUGGAAGGCCAACGCACUGUGGGCCAAACUGGACAAACGGGCGGCCCACCACGAGUAUGGGAAGGGCCGUGUCUGUGCCAACACCACGGUACUUAUUAGUCAUUCAAUAUUUUCAAAUAUACAGCCCAAAACAAGUACUUUUAUUGGAGUAUUUGAAUGGUUAUUUGUAAAAACCAAAUAGUCCACCAAAUUGAAUUUUCAAAUACUAUUUUCUAAUGCCUGGGUUAAAUGCAUGGGAGUGUGUAUAGUAUAUGGAUGUCAAGCGUGUGUGGCUGCACAGCGUGUGCAUGUUUAAGUGUGUACGUUUCUAGCUUCUCAUCCCAGCUGUCCCCUCUCCCAGUGUGUGAUCAUCGGGGCGGGGCCGUGUGGUCUGCGUACAGCAGUAGAGCUGGGGUUCCUGGGGGCCAGAGUGGUGCUGCUGGAGAAGAGAGAUGCCUUCUCCAGGAACAACGUCCUCCACCUCUGGCCUUUCACCAUCCACGACCUCAGGGGCCUCGGGGCCAAGAAGUUCUACGGCAAGUUCUGUGCUGGAGCCAUCGACCACAUCAGUGAGUAUGGAAUGAUCCCUAACCCUUGACCCUUGAGUCUCCAUGGUUACAGCUUUGGGGCUUCAAUAUUCAUUAGAGAAUCCUCUCUCUAUACCCUAUUUCUCUCCCUCUCUCAUUCUCUCUCUUCCUCCCUCCCUGUCUCUUUCUCUCUCUCGCUCUCCCCCCCUCUCUCUGUAGGUAUACGGCAGCUACAGUUAGUGUUAUUAAAGGUAGCUCUGUUGUUGGGGGUGGAAGUCCAUGUCAACGUAGAGUUCAAGGGACUGGUGGAGCCACCUGCGGACCAGGAGCAACAGAGUAAGACCUGCCAUGUGUGUGUGUGUGUGUGUGUGUGUGUGUGUGUGUGUGUGUGUGUGUGUGUGUGUGUGUAUAAUGCCUUUGUGUGUUUGUGUGUGCCUCAGAGGUAGGUUGGAGGGUGGAGGUGAAACCUAAGUCUCACCCUAUUAACCAACUGCAGUGUGACGUGGUGAUCGGAGCUGAUGGACGACGGAACACACUGCCAGGUAAUCAUCUAGUAGCACCUACUGAAACACUGAACUGAAACAGCAACAGGCAGCAUCAGUCAGAAUUCCCAUCACUGAAAGAACAGAUGUCUUAGUAAAUGCCUUAAUGGGAAGGGAAUUUUUCUAGCCCUCUGAUCCCAGACUUCCUGUUUGCCAUCACAUCCUGUCUCCCAUGUGUCCAAUCAGGCUUCAGGCGUAAGGAGUUCCGGGGCAAGCUGGCCAUUGCCAUCACAGCUAACUUCAUGAACCGUAACACCACGGCUGAGGCCAAGGUGGAGGAGAUCAGCGGAGUGGCCUUCAUCUUCAACCAGAGGUUCUUUCAGGAGCUACGGGACGCCACGGGAGUGGACCUGGAGAAUAUAGUGUACUACAAAGACGACACGCACUACUUUGUGAUGACGGCUAAGAAGCAGAGUCUGCUGGAGAAAGGAGUCAUUCUGCGGGUAACAACGCACACAGACACACAAAUACACAUACACAUAUGGCACACUGAUACAGCUGCUUUGACUGUGUCAUUAUUUUACUCAUGUUGACCUCACUGCUGUGUUACUGACCUGAUAUGGACUGUAUAACUAUGUUAUUGUUCAAACAUUGAUUGUGUUCUAUUGCAUUGAUGUUUACUGUGUCAUACCUAUCAGGACUAUGCAGACACAGAAACGCUUCUCUCACGGGGAAACGUGGACCAGAAUGCACUGCUGGCCUACGCCCGCGAGGCGGCGGACUUCUCCACCAAUCACCAGCUGCCGUCUCUGGACUUUGCCAUGAACCACUACGGGCAGCCUGAUGUUGCGUUGUUUGACUUCACCUGUAUGUACGCGUCAGAGAACGCUGCACUGGUCAGACAGAGACAUGGACACCAUCUACUGGUCACACUGGUGGGAGACAGCCUUCUGGAGGUGAGGAGAGAGGAAGAGAAGAGUAGAGUUGAGGGAGAGUAGAAGACUUUUAACGUCAGCAAUCCUGAUGUACUCUGAAAGUAAUUCUGUUGUAAGUAGCAUAUGUUUGUAAUGUGUGUGUGUGUGUGUGUCUGCUUUUGUGUGUGCGUGCAUGCGAGUUAGCCGUUCUGGCCCAUGGGGACAGGUAUAGCACGGGGGUUCCUGGCAGCAUUGGACUCUGCCUGGAUGGUACGGAGCUGGGCUCAAGGCCUUGCCCCCCUGGACUUACUUACUGAAAGGUGAGAGAGCAGGUCUGCAGUCAGGAGAACACACACACACACCAGCAAUCAGUCUUUAAUUAUCAUUCACCUGAUUCCCUAAAUAAAUAAUCCUCUCUCUCUCUCUCUCUCUCUCUCUCUCUCUCUCUCUCUCUCUCUCUCUCUCUCUCUCUCUCUCUCUCUCUCUCUCUCUCUCUCUCUCUCUCUCUCUCUCUCUCUCUCUGUCUCUGUCUCUGUCUCUGUCUCUGUCUCUGUUUCCUCUCAUUUCAGAGAGAGUCUGUAUCGUCUCCUUCCUCAGACCACUCCAGAAAAUGUCAACAAGAACUUUGGUCAAUACACUGUAGACCCAGCUACCCGCUACCCUAACAUCAACACCCAACUCAUCACUCCCGCACAGGUAUACACAGGCACACACAGGCACACACACACAUACACACACACAGGUCUGAUGAUGAUGAUGAUGAUGAUGAUGACAAUCUCUGUAGGUGGGCCAUCUAAUAUACACAGUAGCGAGUGGAGGUUCGGAUGCGGACCAGGAACCGCGACCCCGAUCCCCCUUGCCGAAGCUACUACGACAGGGUGAGUCUGACCCUCUGAGUACUGAACGGUACAUUAACAUAACUCUAACCAUUGGCUUGAUCAGUAUCUUCACACAUAUUUUUUUCUUCCUCUCUGGUUCCCCAGAGUCCUUCUCUCGCUUCAGUAAGCUUUUGUCGUGGUGCCAGCAACAGACACAGGGUUACCGUGGUGUUGCGGUUAGCGACCUCACUACUUCCUGGAAGAGUGGCCUAGCUUUGUGUGCCCUCAUCCACCACUAUCGACCUGAUCUCAUGUGAGUCACAUCUGACCUCUAACCUCUCGCUCCUCACAAAUCACCUCGCCUCUCACCUCAUACAGCUCAUCCCAAAGGUAGCAUUCAGGCGCAAUGUAGUUGGUCCAUUGCCUCACUUCUCAUCCCACCUCUCACCUUUCGAAUCUCAGUCUCAUUUCCCUUUCACGCAAGCUCAGGUGCAUGUGCAUGUGUGUUUGUGUGUGUGUGUGUGUGUCUGUGAGAGAGGUGAGAGAGGUUGAUGAGUCAGAAGACCAUGGUCCUGAUUGGUGCCCUUUUAAUUACCUGAUUGGAUCAGUGCCUCUCUUUGUCCACUUGCUCUGGUGUGUGUGUGUGUGUGCGUGCGUAUGUGUGUGAAGUGUGUCAAUUUGCAUACGUGUGUGUGUGUGUGACUCUCUCUUACUUUGACUCUCUCGUCCCAUCUCUCUGCAGUGACUUUGACUCUCUGGAGGAGGAUGAGGGGGAGGAGAAUAUGAGGUUGGGGUUGGAGGUGGCGGAGAAGGAGUUUGGAAUCUCUCCUGUGAUGACUGUAGAGGAGAUGUCAUCUGUCAGUGAAACGGACACUCUCUGUAUGGUCAUGUACCUCAGCCAGUUUCACCAGCUCUUCAAGGACGCACUACCCCCAAGUGGUGAGUUUCUAAACCACAGUAGUCAGUGUAAGAGCUAAUUAAUUCUCAAUUCUCCUCAUCACCCUCUAUUCUUAUCCUAUCCUCUCUUUCCAGAAUGCUCAGAACUCUACAUCAUCUCCGGCCCUCUCCUUCAUAACCACUUAUCUACAAUGCCUUACUAAGCGAACGCAGAGUGGUGAAAAUGUUUCUAUUCCCAUUACCAGUCAGUGGUUGUGAAGGAAAGGAGAUGGGGAAUGGCUGUGCAUGACUGUUCUUCUCCUCUUUUCUUGUCUGUAGAAUCCCAGACUGAGAGCCUAGAUGGGAGGGCUGCUGUGAUCGGUCCUGCCUCACUCCUUAGCCGCCUGGGCCACAGCCCAUCCCGCAAGCGCAACCCCAAGGUACACACCCCUGUUUGUUUACGUAGGGACUCUGUUUGUCUGUGUGUAGGUGUAUAGGUGCAUGUGUGUUUACAUAUAUUUGUGUGUAUCCCUCCCAUCAGGAGCAGAAGGAGAAGGAUGCGGUGGGGAAGAGGAGGAAGACCAGUCGGCCAUGUCUGGAGGACGUGAGACAAGAUCCCAGAUUAGUGGACAGUUAUGAGGUGAGGGGUGUAACCUGUAGCCAUGGGUUACAGUGAGGGAAAAACGUAUUUGAUCCCCUGCUGAUUUUGUACGUUUGCCCACUGACAAAGACAUGAUCAGUCUAUAAUUUUAAUGGUAGAUUUAUUUGAACAGUGAGAGACAGAAUAACAACAAAGAAAUCCAGAAAAACGCAUGUCAAAAAUGUUAUGAAUUGAUUUGCAUUUUAAUGAGGGAAAUAAGUAUUUGACCCCUCUGCAAAACAUGACUUAGUACUUGGUGGCAAAACCCUUGUUGGCAAUCACAGAGGUCAGACGUUUCUUGUAGUUGGCCACCAGGUUUGCACACAUCACAGGAGGGAUUUUGUCCCACUCCUCUUUGCAGAUCUUCUCCAAGUCAUUAAGGUUUCGAGGCUGACGUUUGGCAACUCGAACCUUCAGCUCCCUCCACAGAUUUUCUAUGGGAUUAAGGUCUGGAGACUGGCUAGGCCACUCCAGGACCUUAAUGUGCUUCUUCUUGAGCCACUCCUUUGUUGCCUUGGCCGUGUGUUUUGGGUCAUUGUCAUGCUAGAAUACCCAUCCACGACCCAUUUUCAAUGCCCUGGCUGAGGGAAGGAGGUUCUCACCCAAGGCCCCGUCCAUCGUCCCUUUGAUGCGGUGAAGUUGGCCUGUCCCCUUAGCAGAUAAACAACCCCAAAGCAUGUUUCCACCUCCAUGUUUGACGGUGGGGAUAGUGUUCUUGGGGUCAUAGGCAGCAUUCCUCCUCUUCCAAACAUGGCGAGUUCAGUUGAUGCCAAAGAGCUCGAUUUUGGUCUCAUCUGACCACAACACUUUCACCCAGUUCUCCUCUGAAUCAUUCAGAUGUUCAUUGGCAAACUUCAGACGGGCCUGUAUAUGUGCUUUCUUGAGCAGGGGGACCUUGCGGGCGCUGCAGGAUUUCAGUCCUUCACGGCGUAGUGUGUUACCAAUUGUUUUCUUGGUGACUAUGGUCCCAGCUGCCUUGAGAUCAUUGACAAGAACCUCCCGUGUAGUUCUGGGCUGAUUCCUCACCGUUCUCAUGAUCAUUGCAACUCCACGAAGUGAGAUCUUGCAUGGAGCCCCAGGCCAAGGUGAUUGACAGUUCCUUUGUGUUUCUUCCAUUUGCGAAUAAUCGCACCAACUGUUGUCACCUUCUCACCAAGCUGCUUGGCGAUGGUCUUGUAGCCCAUUCCAGCCUUGUGUAGGUCUACAAUCUUGUCCCUGACAUCCUUGGAGAGCUCUUUGGUCUUGGCCAUGGUGGAGAGUUUGGAAUCUGAUUGAUUGAUUGCUUCUGUGGACAGGUGUCUUUUAUACAGGUAACAAACUGAGAUUAGGAGCACUCCCUUUAAGAGUGUGCUCCUAAUCUCAGCUCGUUACCUGUAUAAAAGACACCUGGGAGCCAGAAAUCUUUCUGAUUGAGAGGGGGUCAAAUACUUAUUUCCCUCAUUAAAAUGCAAAUCAAUUUAUACCAUUUUUGACAUGCGUUUUUCUGGAUUUUGUUGUUGUUAUUCUGUCUCUCACUGUUCAAAUAAACCUACCAUUAAAAUUAUAGACUGAUCAUUUAUUUGUCAGUGGGCAAACUUACAAAAUCAGCAGGGGAUGAAAUACUUUUUCCCCUCACUGUAGGUAACCGAAAUUGUAACUGCCAGUAGUUCUUUGACUAAAUUAAUGAGAUGACAUGCAAUAAUAUGUUAGACGUUAGAACAGCAAUACAACAUCUUUGGCCUUAAAGUGACAUGGGUCAAACUCUCCACCAUUCUGCCUUCCGCAGGAAGAGGCUGCCCUGUGCUCUGUGGGUGGAGCAAGCCAGAGCAGAGUGCGCUCGAUGGCCAAUCAGCUGCUGGCCAAGUUUGAGGAGAACGCCCCUUGCCCCUCCUCCACGCCAGCUGCAGCUCUACGCAGACAGGUGAGAUGGGAUGGAAUUCAGAACUCCUAGCUGCUAAGAGUUUUCAGGUGUUACUAAGAGUGUUUUCCCUCGCUCAAAGUCUCAACAUUCUGAAAAAUACUCUUAUUUAAAAUCUGUGCUUUUAAUCUGAAUAAAGGAACUUGUACAGCACGGGUCUGUCAUCAAUAGCUGUUGGUAGUUUAGAUCCUCCAUGUGUGAGCUGACUGACUGACUUCCUUUGAGGUUUCAGAGGAUAAGCCAGAUUAGCUGCACUGUGAUGGGCAUUUUGGGUCAGGGCCAAUGGGACUCACUGAGCCUUGGAGCAGUAGGUAAGGGUUACAGUGAGGGAAAAAAGUAUUUGAUCCCCUGCUGAUUUUGUACGUUUGCCCACUGACAAAGAAAUGAUCAGUCUAUAAUUUUAAUGGUAGGUUUAUUUGAACAGUGAGUGACAGAAUAACAACAAAAAAAUCCAGAAAAACGCAUGUCAAAAAUGUUAUAAAUUGAUUUGCAUUUUAAUGAGGGAAAUAAGUAUUUGACCCCUCUGCAAAACAUGACUUAGUACUUGGUGGCAAAACCCUUGUUGGCAAUCACAGAGGUCAGAUGUUUCUUGUAGUUGGCCACCAGGUUUGCACACAUCUCAGGAGGGAUUUUGUCCCACUCCUCUUUGCAGAUCUUCUCCAUGUCAUUAAGGUUUCGAGGCUGACGUUUGGCAACUCGAACCUUCAGCUCCCUCCACAGAUUUUCUAUGGGAUUAAGGUCUGGAGACUGGCUAGGCCACUCCAGGACCUUAAUGUGCUUCUUCACUAGCCACUCCUUUGUUACCUUGGCCGUGUGUUUUGGGUCAUUGUCAUGCUGGAAUACCCAUCCACGACCCAUUUUCAAUGCCCUGGCUGAGGGAAGGAGGUUCUCACCCAAGAUUUGACGGUACAUGGCCCCGUCCAUCGUCCCUUUGAUGCGGUAAAGUUGUCCUGUCCCCUUAGCAGAAAAACACCCCCAAAGCAUAAUGUUUCCACCUCCAUGUUUGACGGUGGGGAUGGUGUUCUUGGGGUCAUAGGCAGCAUUCCUCCUCCUCCAAACACAGCGAGUUGAGUUGAUGCCAAAGAGCUCGAUUUUGGUCUCAUCUGACCACAACACUUUCACCCAGUUCUCCUCUGAAUCAUUCAGAAGUUCAUUGGCAAACUUCAGACGGCCCUGUAUAUGUGCUUUCUUGAGUAGGGGGACCUUGCGGGAGCUGCAGGAUUUCAGUCCUUCACGGCGUAGUGUGUUACCAAUUGUUUUCUUGGUGACUAUGGUCCCAGCUGCCUUGAGAUCAUUGACAUGAUCCUCCCGUGUAGUUCUGGGCUGAUUCCUCACCGUUCUCAUGAUCAUUGCAACUCCACAAGGUGAGAUCUUGCAUGGAGCCCCAGGCUGAGGGAGAUUGACAGUUCCUUUGUGUUUCUUCCAUUUGCGAAUAAUCGCACCAACUGUUGUCACCUUCUCACCAAGCUGCUUGGCGAUGGUCUUGUAGCCCAUUCCAGCCUUGUGUAGGUCUACAAUCUUGUCCCUGACAUCCUUGGAGAGCUCUUUGGUCUUGGCCAUGGUGGAGAGUUUGGAAUCUGAUUGAUUGAUUACUUCUGUGGACAGGUGUCUUUUAUACAGGUAACAAACUGAGAUUAGGAGCACUCCGUUUUAAGAGUGUGCUCCUAAUCUCAGCUCGUUACCUGUAUAAAAGACAUCUGGGAGCCAGAAAUCUUUCUGAUUGAGAGGGGGUCAAAUACUUAUUUCCCUCAUUAAAAUGCAAAUCAAUUUAUAACAUUUUCUUGACAUGCGUUUUUCUGGAUUAUUUUGUUGUUAUUCUGUCUCUCACUGUUCAAAUAAACCUACCAUUAAAAUUAUAGACUGAUCAUUUCUUUGUCAGUGGGCAAAUGUACAAAAUCAGCAGGGGAUCAAAUACUUUUUUCCCUCACUGUAAUUUGGUUGGAGGGAGCAGCUAUGGUUGCAGUAAUAUGGGUUAAGAUUAACUGGUGGUUAGGGUUAGCAGUGGUAGCUCUUGACCUAGGCCCUAUAUGCUUAAAGCUGUGGUUGUAGUAUGGUAUAAAGGUAGCCAUGGCCUUCCCGGCUCCACAGCCCUCACGCCCUCUACUAACUGACCACCAGGGGGACUCCAUGCCCACGCUUCCACAUCCUCCAGCAUCCCCUGAUCCCCAGGCCCAGCCAGCCCCUAUGGCCUCCGCUACCACCUGGAAACAGGUAAAAAUAGUAAGCCUCUCCACCUUUGACUCUUAGAGGACUGCAGAGUUAUAUAGCUGUAUCUCUCUGUGUCACCACAUGGGGGUGCAUGAUUGUGUGCUGUGUAGUUCAGUCGCGUGGCAUUUUGUCAUAGUUCUUUCUUAGCUUUAGUUCCCUAGAUUUCACAGUAUUUCACUAUUUCGCUACCUCAACCACCCACUCACAUUAUGCCGUCUAAACCAUCUAACCCCAGAAGAAGCGCACGCAGCAGCAGGAGCAGAUGAGUUUCAAGUACAAGGAAAAGGUCAAAUGUCACACCCUGCCCAGCAGGGGGGAGCAGGUACGCCACCCCAGAGGAAUCUGGGUAAUGUAAUGUAUAGACCAGAUGGCAUGUAGACUAGUACUGAUGUCCCAUGCCACCCAUAAAUGUUCAUAGACUUCCCAAGUUCCCAGUAGCUAUCUGUAGACUAAUGUGUGUCAUUGGUGUGAUGACUUUUGAGGACUCUUCUCGGCUACCUCAGUGGUUCCCUGAUAUAUCUUCAGGACACAAAAGACCAACUGUCAGAUCUUGACAGAUACAUGGUGAAUGUUGGCAGUAAGAGUUGCCCACGGUCAAAGCGUUAACCAUACCCCUAGUGUGGACCUACCCCAUUCAUAGACACUAUUGAAGAUAGUAUAGCCCCGAGGCUUGCUCUAAACAUUAACACGCAUUGCUUGCGGUACGGUUUUGGAGACAUAUGGAACCUGUCUUUCAUAUAAACAAUAAUGAAUAUAUAUAUAUAUUUUUUUAGUUAAAUUACUUAGACACCUUUUAGGGUUAGUGUUCUCAGACAGCCAUUUCCAUGUUACAGCGUUUGUUUACAGAAAACAGAGUGGACUACCUGUGCUAAUUAGCUAUCUGCGUCUCCGAACAACUGUGUGUAAACUGAAGACAGACGCCACAAACGUGUUCUCAUUGAAAAAUGCUGUUGGUUGCAACUGUGUUAAAACCGGUUAAAACAGUGUACAGUAAUUGUGUAUUUUGCAUUUGUGAAAUAAGAUCGAUGUGAUAUGAGAGGGAUUUGUGUUUCUAGAACCUUACCACAAUUGAGAAUUGAUUCACAUUUAGAUGGAGUAUUGGGCUGUUUUGGCUUCCAGAGACAAUUCGCCUUUAAACAGAACAUGUAAGAUCCUUGGACUAUAAGGAGUAACAUUAGGCCCCAUUAGUCCAUUAGUGGGCUAGUGUGGACCAUGAGUGGGCUACAACUUGACCUAUAGUCAUUGAGUUCAAUCUGUCGGCCUCAGGGCAGUGUCAGAGUGCUAAAUGAUGCUGUAAAUCAUAUAAACAACUAUUGUUUCAGAGAAAGAGGAGAAAACUGAACUGAACUGUCAGAGUGCAUCUUGUUUGGGCUUUAAGAAAGUAUAUUUGUAUAACUUACUGCAGGGCAUGUGGCAUGUGACAACGCUGCAACUGAAAUUUUCCCUUUUAAGAUUAGAAAGAUCAGAGGCCUGUGAAUGGUUUUUGUUAAUGUUUGCACAGUUUUCUUUCCUCGGACACCUCACUGUUUUGCCUACAAAUUAAGUUUGAUUGGUGUGGGAUAAGGGCCUAGUGAUAACGUUUAUAUUGAUUAUUUUGGACAAUGAUUACACUGCAACAGAAAGAAGGUUAUCCAGUAGGGGAUUGAUGUUUCUAGAACUUUGACCUAGCUUUGUGUUCCAUUUCCACAUCCAUAACACAACAUCAAAACUCUCUGUUUGUGGCUCCGAUUGUGUCAUCCCUAGUGAGUGUGUCUCUGUGUGUGUUUACUGUUUGUUCUGUCCUUCGUCCUCAUCUUGUCUCUCUUUUCUCCUGCUAUCUUUUAGAAAUACGUUCAGAUGUACACAGGGGGAGUUAGCUCAUUGGCUGAACAGAUAUCCAAUCAGGUUCAAAGUCAGGAGUCAUCGUCACCCCAGCACACUCCUAAUAGGAAGGAAUCGGUAAGAAUCUAUUUGAGUCGAUUUGAACUCACCCACACUAAUACUGUCGUUAGGCCGAAACUCAUCCAGCAUUGGAUUAUACCCUACCUAGGCUGGUUCUGAAGUAGGUCAUUUCCAUGUGAAAGGACCCAUGAGCACCAACAUGUGAAGUUCAUAGGAGCAUGUCAAAUUGGAUGUCAAAUGAAAGCUAAGAGUCAAUUCUUUUUGUAAUUAAGGCAUAUAUACAUUUUUCAACCGUUUUCCAUCCAAAAAAAUUUGAAUAAGCGAAGGCUUUGAUUUCUGGACAAACAGAUGGAAAAGGGGUCUUAGAAAACAUCUACCAGGAAAAAGUCUUAAAAGGUAUUAUAAAUGUAUCAAAACACAAUCCGGUUGAAGUAAAGACCCCUGCCAACUAAUAUCAACACUUAUAUUUAGUUUUGGAUACAUUUCUGUAAGUUUAAGAAACAUUGCCUUGUGCUGUGAAAUUCCGUACCAAAAACCCACAUAUCUUGAAGACAUCUUCUAAUUUCUCUACCUCAUGAGGAGGGAGGAAAUUGAAAGCUCACAGAACUAACAAGUAAAGGUAUACCUAUCAAUUAGUUAUAGUUUUUUUUAACCAGUUGUGUAAAAUACUUAAGUAGAAAUACUUUAAAGUACCACUUAAGUAGUUUUUGGGGGUAUCUGUACGUUACUUUACUAUUUAUAUUUUUGAAAACCUUUACUUUUAUUUUUAACUUUUUUUUUUAGGGGGUAGAUCAGUUUUAAUAUUGCAGAUAGAUUGUAACUUCCAUCAAUGUAAUUGUCUGCUUCACUUCCAAUCCCCCAUAUGUUUUUUUUCUCUCGCAAUAUAUAUAUAUAUAUAUAUAUAUAUAUAUAUAUAUAUAUAUAUAUAUAUAUAUAUAUAUAUAUACAUACAUACACACACACAUACAUACAUAUAAAUACAUAUACAUAGAUAUAUAUACAUAUCCUUUAAAAAAAUAUAUAUCCCUUUAUUACUUUCCAACCCCACCACCCCUUCCCUAAUUGGAGUAAAUUAGUGAACAACAAUGCUUAGGCCUCUACUUCCAGCUUAUAUAUACUAUAUAAAUGUUAUGGACACAGUCAAUUUUACAAAACUUUUACUUUUACUUCAGUACAUUCCUGAAGAACAUGAUGUACUUUUUACACCAUACAUUUUCCCUGACACCUGAAAGGACUUGUUACAUUUUGAAUGCUUAACAGGACAGGAAAAUGGUCCAGUUCACACACUUAUCAAGAGAACGUCUCUUGUCAUCCCUACGGCCUCUGAUCUGGUGGACUCACUAAACACAAAUGGUUCGUUUGUAAAUUAUGACUGAGUGUUGGAGUGUGCCUCUGGCUAUCAGUAAAUAAAAAACAAGAAAAUUGUGUGAUCUGAUUUGCUUAGUAUAAGGAAUUUGAAAUGAUUUGUACUUUUACUUUUGAUACUUAAGUAUAUUUUAGCAAUUACAUUUACUUUUGAUACUUAAGUAUAUUUAAAACCAAAUACGUUUAGACUUUUACUCAAGUAUAAUUUUACUGGGUGACUUUCACUUUUACUUAAGACAUUUUCUAAUAAGGUAUCUUUACUUUUACUCAAGUAUGACAAUUGGGUACUUUUUCCACCACUGGUUUUUACUGAUAUCAAUUCAGGAUCAGUAAAUCAAUCGGUAAUGGUAUUUCCGAAAAAUCUGUAAUGGAUUUUCCGCAAUUGAGUUGGCUGCAAUGGGAAACCAUAGUAGUCACAAACCACAGUUGGGUUAACAUUUACAUUUGAGUCAUUUAGCAGACGCUCUUAUCCAGAGUGACUUAAAUUAGCAAUUUGGGUUAAGUGCCUUGCUCAAGGGCACAUCGACAGAUGUUCACCUAGUCGGCUCGGGAUUCGGACCAAUGACCUUUUGGUUACUGGCCAAGCUCUCUUAAUCGCUAGGCUUCCUGCAAGCCCCACAAAUUGCAUUUUUGUUCCCCCCCCCAGUUUUAUCAUUGAAAUGUGAUACAAACCGAGGCAAUGGUGUGCUUUAGGACCAUGCGGACGCAUCCGAGCGGUCGGGUAGGCUGUUUGGAGUGUUUAUCUGACUGAAAACAUAUAUAUAUAUAUGUCCCCCCCACUUCUAAAACCAAAGUUGCGCCCCUGGUAUUUUCAUUUGAUUGUCAAACAAAUCACUUAGAAAAGUAGGCUACCUGUGCAUGUUCCUCCACUCCUAAAUAAUCCCAGCAUCCAAACUGCAUAUAUAUGCCCAUUGAUGAAUUGAAAUAGACAUCUGUUACAAAAAUACAAAAAGUCUGCCUAAUGACAUUCAGAGAUUGUCAUUGAUUAGGCCUACAUUAAUUGAUGCAUCUUGCUGACAAAUUGACAUUUUUUGUAGCCAAAAAUAGGUGAGUAAACUCUGAUUGCCGGUAGCGGUGAAAAAAAGAAACGCUCCCUAUACUUUCAAUGCAUUUGUCAGAAAAAGGCGUUUACCCUCCACUAGGCCUACACCACCGCCAGUAGCCUACCAUCUCAGCCAAGGCAAUUUUAAACACAGGAACACACGCCGAAUAGGUAGCCUACAUUCAAUAUAAUACAUGAGUUGAAUCAAAUUAUGUUUUACACCCUAGUUCAUGAGUUGUCCAUAAUUCAUGAGUUAAUGCUUCGAGUCUUCACAGAUCGUGUGACAUAAAACACUACCUUUCUUUCCUUACAUUAAUGACAGUGUUAUUUGUCAUUUUUAAGCAUUUAACAAUUGAAUUAGAACAUUGAACUUCAACCCUGUAUGAAUCAUGGAUCUUUGAGAUCUCUGAAAAUACACUGUAUGUGUAACUAUGCCUACGUAACAUUUCAUUAUGUUUCGCCGUGAAAACAGUUCUCAUGGGCACACAAAUCCAAAAUAAUGUAGUCCUAUGCCAUUGCAAAAUCGAAUGCUUCUAACAGAAAGAGUCAACUAUAGGCCUACUGUCAGUAACGUAUACUUGUUGGAUGGAUUGGAUGCGCAUUGGUGUCUAGCUAUAGGCUAGUUGUCUAGUGAUAUUGUCGACCAUCAUCAGGUGAUCCAGGAAAGACAAUUAUUAUUGACAGAAAAUAAUAAAGCUAAAUGGUCUACUACUUCUGGCCACGGAUGGCACGGAGAACACCAGUACCCGCGUGCACCUGAAAAACAAAACAAUGAGUUCUCUAAACAGCUGACUGACAAAAUCAAACAAGUAUAAAUCAACUGAGAAAUCUAAUGCAUUGGAAUAAAGGCAAUGUUUUAUCAAGGACGCAUGGCAAACAAAUGGCAAAAAUUAGGAAGUACAAAGGAAAAUAUGCGUGAAGGGCUUCAGCUGAGGCUGAAAUUCAGCCCUACUGUGUGGACAGUGCAGCCACAUAGAAAUACAUGGUUUAAACCAUGACAGAAGCUUUUAUUUCAUUGGAAGCUUUUAUUUUCAUAUUUACCACAGUAAAACAUAUUUACCACUACAUUUUAAACAAAUAGGAGAAUAGUUAAAUUACUAUUACUUAGAGUAGUAGUCAUUGUGCAUAGAGUUGUAUGGUUUGUUCAACUUUGAAAUCAAUGUUUGGCACAUAUUUUAAGUGAAAAAUCAGAGUCUCUGCGCAAUUCCGUUACUGUGGAAUUGCCCAGUAACCUCUUUAGUAGUAGGCUAACUCUGAAGUGAGGUGAUCCAUGUAUUACAGCUUAUUCUCUCUUUCUCCCCCCCCCUCCCUCUUAGGCUGGCGUUCGCUCUGUGUUGGCGGGGGCGGGGCCAGGGCCAGGAGGUGCCAGUGACGUGUGUUUCUUCUGCAGUAAGCGUGUGUACGUGAUGGAGAGACUCAGUGCUGAGGGACUGUUCUUCCACCGGAGCUGCUUCCAGUGUGACCACUGCAGCUCCACCCUCCGCCUGGCCUCCUACGCCUACGACCGGCCUAACGGUGAGCCCCUGAGAGUGAGGGAUGAGAGUGAGAAAGGGGAGAGUCCUGGCGGGGUGAGGGCAGGGAGAGAGGGUCACUGAGCACCAUAGAGUUAAAAGUGGGUAACUCUAAUGAAUGACAAGGGCUGCCCUACCACACACACACACUGAAAAUACCACUACCAGCCCAGCAUGGUCUUGGCACUGCAACACCACCACAACUUUUGAUAUGCUCGACCACAACUUGUUGUGUUAUCUUGAAUGCAGCUCUGACCUGCAGUUUAUGAGGGUCAGUGACACUCAAUCACUCUGAUUUUACACUGAUUGCUCCAAUAUGCCCUCAGGAUUGAUGUUACACCGCCUGAUCACUUUGUAAGGCUUCCAGGUUAUCAGCAGACCAGAGACCAACUCAGUUAACACAUGAUGAACACAAACUCAGUGUGUCCCUUACUGCACCGUUGGGGCCUGGGGCUCCCUGGACUGACUGUGUGGUUGUUUAUCUUUGAGUGUGUGUGUGUGUGUGUGUGUGUGUGCGUGCGUGCGCGUGUGUGUGUGUGUGUGCGUCGGGGUCUCAAAUUACUGUAGAAUACAGAAGGUGCAAGUAAAAAAUGUGGUUGUGCAUCAGCAGUUUUUCUCUUGUUAUGUCAGUCACUGACAGUCACUCAAUUAGCCAUGUCAGCUAACAAUUCUUAGAUUUGUAAGUUAGUCUAGCCAGCUAUCUAAACUUGUAGUAAUCAAGGCCGAAUACCGACUGCAUGCAGGGCCCGUGCACAGGGGCCCUGACCUCCAGGGUCCCCCCAUUGAUUUUGUUAGUCACUCUCACUCAGAUAUCAUUAACAUGGCAUAAGUCACGGCAAAAUGUGUAGAAUUGCAGGAAAUAAACUUUAAAACUGCAAACAUUUCUCUCCACCCCAUGGCAAAAUGUAAAAUAUGCUGUAUAAUUGCAACAUUUUCUCUCUGCCCCAUCGCAAAAUGGGUAGAACUGCAGGAAAUUAAAUGUAAAACUUAAAUGUUUCUCUCUGCCGUCAAUAGGAGGGCCACCAAAAUGUUUUGCCCACGAAGUGGGGGUGGCCCCCCAACCAAAUCUCACUUAGGGCCCACAAAAGGCUAUGGUGUUUGCGUGUGUGCAUGCCUGCUUGCGUGCGUGUGACUGUGUGUAUUGUAUCUCUUAGAGAUGUGCUGUGUGUUUGUAAAUGGAGGAGGGGGGGGGGACAGAUACAAAAUAUGUCAGUGAUGUCAUGUCAGGCGCUGAUCUCUAAGUUUAAUUCAAACCCUUCAACCAAUCAGGGAUGAGGUGUCACGUGAUAGCCGUUUGAGUGUGAGGCAGGAGAGGAGUGUGUGUAGGGUAGACUAUAUAUGAAGUGGUCUGUCAGUGUAGGGACCAGAUCGAGUGUGUCUUCCUGUUAUUCUGUAGACCGGCGCUGUUUUCUAUGGAGGAGUCACACUGUAAGACACAACUCUAUUUAAUUCUCGCCAUUCCUUUCCGGGAAGCUGAGACAUGUAGCUUUUCCUCAAGAUCUAGGGACACUGUUUUCUUGUGUGGAAAUGUAAAUAAGAUUUAGCUGAAGAUAGUUCUACUGUAGUUAGAUAACACUUAGUUUUUGUUUAAAGUUCUUCUGUAAGAUGCAUGGGAGCUGCAGAUCUUAGUGUAGUGAGGUUCUAAAACUGCUUGGAUUCUGUGUGUAGAGCGGUUCUAUGUAUAGUGUUCUAACACAUUGGUUCUGUGUGUAGGGAAGUUCUACUGUAAGCCGCACUAUGACCUCCGUCUGGUUGGGCCGGUCCAGAGGAAGAGACCAGCCCCUCCUACCGCCGACCAGCCCCCAACCCCCUACGGACGAACCCCCUCUCAGCGGACCCUCCUGGUAAGGACUUCUGCCUUUCCCCUCAUCUUCUGGCUAAAUGGAAGCUCUUGGCUGACCUGGGUUUUCAUCUAAUUCCUGAUAUUUGUAUAGACAUAGCAAUUAAGGUUUCAUUUCAUUGACGAGCUCUCUCUCUCUCUCUGUAUAUUAUGUUGUUCUGAGGAGAAUACGUUACGUACUGUAUGUAUGAGGUUUUCUGUAGAUCAAUACACUGAUCCUUGGAAUUCUUUGGGGUAAAAUACUAUUUUUUCUUUGCUCCCUCCUUAGCAGGAAUCCCCAGCUGCUCUGUCCACUAACCCUCGCUCCUCAGUAGCUGUGGUGACAGCAGAUCGCAGGUCCUCAGGUAAGCCAAGAGGUUCAUGUAUCUGUCAUGUGUGUGUUUUCAGUCGUAAUGCUUGUGACGUGUGUGUUUGUGCACAGAAUGUGUUUCUUAGUGACGCCGCUGAGUGUGUAAAGAAUGUCCUGAGUGUGCAAAGAAUGUGACAUUGACUUUGGCUAAGUGUGUGUCUGUGUGUGUGUGUCUGGUGUGUGUGUCUCAGUGGCGUCUCUGAUUGGGAGUGGGUCCGGCUUGGUAAAGCUUCUAUGUGUGUGUGUGUGUGUGUGUAUGUGUGUGUGUGUGUGUGUGUGUAUGUGUGCGCUCAGUGGCAUCUCUGAUUGAGAGGGAGUGUGGCUUGGCUAAGCGCGUGCGCGGCACGCCAGAACGUAUAGAGCUGGAGAACUACCGUGUGAGCCUAGAGACUGAGCAGCUAACAGAUGAGCCGGAGGAAGUGCCAGAGGAGAUGCUGGCCAAUUACAACCUCAGUCUGCUGGUGACAGAGGAGAAGAAGGCUAAUUACAAGCGCAGCCCGUUGCAGGACAAGAGAAACGAGGGCUCCAGGUCAGCAUUACAAAAACAAACAUUUAUCUUUAUUUCUAUCUAGCGUGUCCUCUCUCUCCCCCUCUUUCUCUCCCCCUCUUUCUCUCUACCCCUUUUCUCUGGUACACACACUUACACACAUGGACACACACACACUAAUUGCUUUCCUCUCUCCUCAUAGUUCAGAGUCAGAGAUGGAGGAGGAGGGGGAGAGGCAGCGGACUUUAACCAAUGACCUGGCUAGAGACUCCUGGAGGAAGGCCAUGGAACUACACGCACACCUCAGAGGAGAGAGAGGAGAAGAGGAAGAAGAGACAGAAGAAGGAGAGGAGGAAGGAGAGGUUGAUGAAGAUGAUGAUGAGGAGGAGGAGUUAUCUAGUGAUGGUAAUUGUGCCUUUUUCUCUGUUUUCAUGUGUGUGUCUCUCUAUGUGCUGUCAGUCAGAAAGAUUUGUUUUUAGACUAGUUUCCUUUCCUUUCCUCUCUUUUGUUCUCUGUUCUGGUCUCUCAACCCUCUUUCUCUCUGUAUUUGUGUCUGUGUGCCCCCCCUCCUUCCCUCCCUGUCCGUCUGUCUAUCUGGUGUGUCUCCCCCUGCUGGUAGAAGGGGAGUACUGUCCGUGGGAGAGGGAGCGUCACUCAGGUCUGUGGCUCCUCCCUCUAGAAGAGGUGGAGGAGACAGGUAGCACCGCCACAGGAGAGAAAGCUAACAAAACAUGUUUAUUUUUAUUAUGGUACUUGUUUUGUUACUAACUAUUUUGCAUGUUUUGUUGUGUCAUUGAGCAUAAUGACAAACUAGUAGGCCGAAAUUACAGUAACUUCCCCAAAUGAACUUCCCCACCUAUUGCACCCCAUGGACUUACACAAGGGAUUCUUGCACCACUGUCUAAUGGCUUUGGUGGCUGUGGUUGCCCAAACCUUACUACUAAUAUCCUUUGCCUCAUCAAGUCUACGGUGUUGCCAAACAACGACAAAAAAAAUAACAUAACACCUACUCUUGCUCAAUGCCAACUGUGGCUCACAAGCAAUAUUUUCUGUAAGACACAGGAGGUUGCUAUCUAGUUUUCUCAGGAGGGAUUCUGACUUUCACUUUACUUCCCCUCCCUCCCUCCCUCCCUCCCUCUCUCCCUUCCCUCUCCCUUACUCCCCUUACUACUCUCUCUCCUCCUCCCUCCCUCUCUCUUUCCCCCUCCCUUUCUCUCUCUCUCUCUCAGAGGAAAGAUCAUCGUUGGAUGAGUGGCAGCAGAGCACACACUCUCCAGACACACACUCUCCAGACACACACUCUCCAGGCACACAUUCUCCAGACACACACUCUCCAGACACACACUCUCCAGACACACACUCUCCAGACACACACUCUCCAGACACACUCAUGCCUGACAUACACACGCCUGACAUACAACUGCCUGACUCGACAACACCCGACACAAACGGUCCACAGAGCCCCACCAGCGUACCCAAUAACACCUUCUCCACUCCAGCCACUGCCUCAACACCAUUCACACCCACACCCACGUCCUCUGUCUCAAUUCCAGACUCCUCUGUCUUUACCUACUCCUCCCCCAACUCCUCCACCACCUCUGGCUGCUCCCCUGGUCCGGACGAGGGAGAGGAGGAUGGGGAGGAGAAAGAGAAGAAAGAAAGGAAGGAGAGAAAAGAGCGAGAGGAGAGGGAGAAAGGGGGGAAGGAGAGGGAGAGGGAGAGGGUGCGUGACCCCAGCAGUAGUUUGGGGAUUGGUGUGGGCGGGAGCUCCACCCCUCCCUGCAUCCCUCCCCCCGCCCAGCUCAGGGCAUGCUGGGAUAGCCUGCCCUGCCCUUCUGUGGAGGCGGAGUCACUGCAAAGCCCCGCACCUCGCCCCGCCCCUCGAUUUGCCCCCGCACCUAUCAUGGCGUCGGCUGUUGUGCGGGGGGUCGGGGGAAAGAAACUGAAACCGUGGGACGUGGGUGGGGGAAGGAGGUCUAUUGCGGGGGGAUCUGUUGGAGGGGGGUCUGUUGGGGCGGGGUCUCUUGGGGAGCAGCUGUAUAAGGAUGAAGGAAUAGACCCCUUAGAGGACAUCAGCCCCCCCUUGUCCCCUCUGAAGCCCCUUAAGGCAGUGCCCAGAGACGAGAGAGAGAUGGAGAGGAGGAGGGAGAUAGAGAGAGCAGCCAUGGGGGUGGGCUGGGAGGACACGAAGAUUCCCCUAGGAAGGGAGCCUCUCCCAGGGAAGAGCAGGGACGGUCUGGACCCCCGCAGACUCACAGAAAGCCUGCCUCCCCUCCUCCUCACACAACUCCAGGGGGGCUCCCUCUUCCCUCCACAUAAGAGCCGCAGGGACAACCAGCCCCCCAGCCAGAGUGUGCCUGAAGCGGGCAUAGGAGAGGGUGGACCCCUGGGCCUGUGGAGAGCUGUCAUCUCUGGCUAUAAGAGGGACAGGAAGAAGAAGGGCAGGACUUCCCUUCCCAAUACGACAACAGCCCCAGCCCCCAAAGAGCAGGGCAGGAGGAAAACUUCUGCAGAGAGAAGAGGUAACACACAUACACACACACACACACACUGGUGAUCUGGUAUAGUGAUUUCCUAUGGUGAACCUCUGUGUUUGUGCAGGUGUGAAGUUCAGGGAGCGCCAGAGCUGGUCGGAGCCGGAGGAGUCAGACAUCACCUGCUCUGUUGUGAUGGAGAGAUGCUCCAUGAACCCCAAGGCCAACGUGAGAACAUCACUACUAACACUACCGCUGAUCUUAGAGCAGCAGGUUGACAUUACACUACAGUUCUGACUGUGGGAGUCAGUGAUGUCACUACAGACCUCUGUUCAGCUCUACAACUCUGUGUAUGCCAGCAAUGACAUAUUUACAGCGAUUGUUUGGAGGAAAUUCAUUCACACUAUAGGAGGCUGAUGUCAUAUGUGUUAGGGGAUAUCUGGUCUUUGUUGGUUACCAUAUCAUCUCCUGUCUUCAGAGGCACAGGUAAAUGUUUUAAUGGAUGAAUGUUUUUAGCUUCGUCUGGAGCUGUUUGACCUAGCGUCAGAACUUCAGAAAGAAACCAUUGAGGAGGAGGAGGAGGAGGAGGAGGAGGAGAAUGAGGAAGUGGAGGUAUACUACUUUGUGGCAGUAGAAUGAAGGCUGUUGUGUCCUAGUCUAGUUAGAGAUAGUUACAGUAGAGUUACUGAGAGAGGUUACGCUUUUCCCAUUGUGUAGAUGGGUCGUUUAUAGCUGUAAUAAAUAGUUUGUAAGUUCCGAUUAGAGGACGUUUUGUGUGAACUAUACAUACUAUAUAUUGUGUGCCCUAUUUUGAUAGUUUUUUGGUCUUCAUCUUUCCAAGUCUGCAUAUGUGCCUCAUGCCUUGGCCUUUAAGAGGGCGUAUGCCAUUAAGGUAGUGUGAACAUUCCCAUUUGGUUGCAUCAAGCCGUUCUGUGCUCUGUGCUGUGUCCUUACCAUCCCUAAACUUCAGUAGUGUGUGUACUAAGAAUUUGCUGCUAUGGCCCGAAUCUUAAUGGUGUGUGUGUGUGUGUGUGUCUGUGUGCGCGCAUGCUAUGUAUGAUUCUCUCUCCUACAGAGGCACGUGGGGAAGGAGAAGGAGCGGGACAGCUCCCGCCAUAUGGAUACACAGCGGAAACCAUCGUGCCCUACGGAGGUGGUGGGGGUACUGGUGCACAUGAAGGACCUGAAGGACCCGUCCAGCCUGGAUGUGUCAGAGGCCAUGUUCCACAGAGACAGAGACCCAGAGGAGGAGCAGCUAGAUGCCAGGUUAACACGCAGAGUACAGAGAGCAGCACGCAAACAGGCCAAACAGGAGCAACUCAAGAGACUGCACAGAGCCCAGGUAGGAUGCAGGUUUAUAAUGUAUGUGUGAGUGUGUGUAGAAUUUGUGUGAGUGCGUAUGAUUUGUUUAAAGCCUCAUUGAUGUUGUAGAUGGCGUUAACAUGCAUCUUUUAUCUUUUGUCCUGAUCUUGUUCACAUUCUGAUUGUGCCCACAUUUUCAGAAAUAUGUCAAGUCAUGGUAUUAAAAUAUCUUAUAUCCGUCCACUGUGUCCGUGUUGUGACCAGAUUUCCUGGUCCCUCCCUGUAUGCAAAUUAUUUGACAGCUAUUCUUUCUUUCUUUAUAUUGAUGCCAUAAGUCAAUGGUGCCACCUGUCAAUGAUUUUAGAAGGCGGGAUAGUAAUUUUUUUUAAAAAAUCACUGUCCAGAUCCGUCUACACUAAGAUAUCCAGACACCAUGGCUGCAUUUACACAUGCAGACCCAUUCUGAUCUUUUGCCCAAUUAUUGGCACAAGAGCUGAUCUGAUUGGUCAAAAGACCAAUUAGAGGAAACAUAUCAGAAUUCGGCUGCCUGUGUAAACACAGCCAGUGCGUGCCUGACUACCUCAGGAGGUGGUCAGGAAGAUCAGAUCACAAUGCAUAUUUUUAUCGUCUACACCUGUCUGAAAAUGUGGGCCAAUCAGAAUGUGGACAAGAUCAGGACAAAUAAUGCAUGUUAGAAUCAGGUAUAAACAGGGCUUGAGUGUAUAAAAUGUGCAUGUGCCAGAUGAUCCAAAGGCAGUUGGAGCAGGUGGAGGAGAAGCAGAGGCAGCUGGAGGAGAGGGGUGUGGCUGUGGAGAAGGCCUUGAGAGGGGAAGCAGGUAAACAAACACUAUUUACACAACUGUUUGACAUCAUGGUUUGUUUUACCUAUAUUACUCUUAGUUAGUUUGACUAAGCAAAUGAUCAGUGUACAUGUGGUCAUCUCCCUGGAAUGUUCUCAUUAUAGACUACUGGGGAGAGUCGAAUGACAGUGAAGAGAUGGACUUACACCUGGGAGGUAUGUACCUCAUACUAUGCUGUAUUCCCUCCAGUGGAGGCUGCUGAGGGGAGAACGGCUCAUAAUAAAGGCCAGAACGGAGCAGAUGGAAUGGCAUCAAACACCUGGAAACCAUGUGUUUGAUGCCAUUCCACUGAUUCCACUCCAGUCAUUACCACGAGCCCAUUCUCCCCAAUUAAGGUGCCACCAACCUCCUGUGAUUCCCUCCUACUAUUCAUUACCCUCCAAUCUAACCCCUGGUUCCUUACACUCCUCUCCUUCUCUCUCUCUAUCUCUCUUUCUCUGUCCCCCCUCCCUCCCUCCCACCCUUCCUCUAUUUCCAUCUUCCUCUCUCUCAUUUAGUCAUGGGCAGGCAGGAUGACCCAGCUCUGAUGCAGCAGUGGUUCAAGCUGGUCCAGCAGAAGAACUGUCUGAUGCGCUAUGAGUCAGAACUCAUGAUAUUGUGAGUAUCUAUCUGACCUUUGACCCCCUAUGUCACCACUGGACUCUGUGCUUUGUGCUGCCCAAAUGUAUGAUUAGUAUGAGCGCUUAUGACGGAAUGGCACUAUGUAGUAUGCCUGGGCGCAGUAUGCAAUUAUCUGAGUCAAUCAGUGUCUCUGAGCUCUACACUUUGGACUGACAUGGUCUCCAUGGUGACUGUCUCUCCCUCAGUGCUCGGGAGCUGGAGUUGGAGGACAGACAGAGCCGUCUUCAACAGGAGCUCAGAGAGAGGAUGGCCGUGGAUGGUAUGAACACUCAUACACAUGCAAACACACACACACAAAAGUCAUACUGUACCAUAACGCUCUUAAUAGAUUCUCUGUUUUCAGCCUUCUCUCACUCCCUCUCUCCUUCUCUCUCAGACCACCUGAAGGGUGAGGCGGAGCUGGCUGAGGAGAAGCUAAUCCUGGGGGAGAUGUUGGAGGUGGUGGAGCAGAGAGAUGCUCUGGUGUCUCUGCUGGAGGAGCAGCGGCUGCAGGAGAGCCAGGAGGACAGAGACCUGGAGGCCAUCAUGCUGUCCCGGGGCCUGGGCCUGCACAACUGGGCCUGA